UCGUGGGAAUGUUUAGCGGUCGCGCGAGUUUUCAGACUUAUUUGUGAGUAACGCAAUUUAUUUAGCAAAAGUUAUACAGCAUGAACGAUUGACAUAUGGACAUUUACUUAGCUGGCUUGAAGUUUAAAGAUGUGGCUGAUUGUUUCGCCAUAUAAAUACGUCUUGAUUUACUUGACGCUCUGAUUUUUUCAAAUAAGAACAGACCACAAGCAUCAGCUGUCAUCAUGACCCCUAAGAUGCAGCAGGCAUCUCUUCCUCAAUGGGAGAUGAGGAUCUACUGGAUUCUUUCAUUUAUCUCCCACCUCUACUCCUUCUACCAGCUGCACAAGUUUUCCGAAGAGCAUGAAGUCAGUCUGGACAGAGAUGUUCAGUUGGAUAAAGGAUUUCUUAUAUGGGGCUUUAAGAAGGACCCCACAGAUUUUGAAUGGAGUUUUUGGAACGAAUGGGCAUGGAGGUCUCUUCUUUGGUCUCUGAUUGGCCAUGCUAUAGUGUCCAGACUGACAGCUCAUUACCUGCCUCAGUACAGAAUGGCGGUCUAUACAAUUUAUGGCAUUGUCUCAGCCGGAUGGCUUCUUGGAGUUUGGGGCGUGGCUCUAUUGAUGCUUCAUCUGAGCAUCUCAUUGGCUGUUGCUCAGCUACGUAGCCCCACCCAGUCAUGGUGUUGCAGCCUCCUGUUGCUCUGCACGCUCAAUAUCAAUCCUGUUCAGGACUUACAGCGUGGUUGGUACACUUCUGAGGAUCAGUACUACCUCUUGCUCUUCAGUUCUGCCGUUUGCGGUUUGCGCUGCAUUAGCUUUAGUUUAGAGCUUUGCUGGCGCCCCCUAGAGGCUGGAGGACCAAACAACCACUGCUCAUCUGUACAGAAUGAAGGACUGAAGCCAAUAUUUUCUCAAUUUUACGAGCUUACUGCUUACUGCUUUUAUCAUCCUCUGUUCUACAACGGACCCAUCAUAACCUACAAGGACUUCAGCGAACAGAUAAAUCGGCCAGUAUCUAAAGUUUCUGCAGCGUAUGUCCUCGGUGGGAUCGUUCGUUUGUGCGUCUGGUGGUGUUUAGCUGAAAUUAUGAUCCAGCUAAUGUACAUGCACGCCAUCCAGGGCAAUGAAACCUACCUGGAGGUCCUUCCACCCUGGGCUCUGGGUGGAUUGGCUCUCGCUUUAGUGCAGUUUUUCUACGUGAAAUAUCUGGUGUUUUUCGGCUCCGUAUCUCUGCUUGUCAAGUUGGAUGGACUGGACCCGCCUACAUUACCUCGCUGUGUCAGCAUCAUGUACAGCUUCACCGGGAUGUGGAGACACUUUGACGUGGGACUCUACAAAUGGCUCAUUAGGUACAUAUACUUUCCGCUGGGCGGCUCGCGUCACGGUGCGGUCCGAAAGCUGGUCUCAGCGGCGCUGGCGUUCGGGUUUGUGUGUUUCUGGCACGGUUGCCAUGACUACCUGCAGUGCUGGGCCCUGCUGAACUGGGUCGGAGUGUCGGUGGAGAACGCUCUCACCCUCCUGUUCUCCUCUCCUCCUCUUCGUCAUGUUAUCGUGCGCUAUCUGUCUCCCCGAAUGCAGAGGCGUGGCUUUGCACUUAUCUCCGCCUUUUCCACCGCUAUGCUAAUUCUGUCCAAUCUGGUAUUUCUGGGUGGAAUCCACGUGGGUAAAAUCUUCUGGAAGAGGGUGUUUGUUCAAGGUUGGUCCUCUAUAGCCGUUCCCAUGCUUGCUUUUCUCUAUUGCUUCGCUCAGGUUGGCAUUGAGUGGGACAUGAGAUGACAUCACUGCGGCUCGGUGUGGCAUCACAGAAGGACUACGUAUUUUACAGAGACAAUGGUAUUAAAAGUUUUACUGCUCCCAAUUUGGACACUUGCAAGAUCCUUGCAAGAAACAACAGGUGCAUUUCUAUUAUCUACUGAAACGUGUUUGUUAUAUAGUAUAAUGUGUGUAUGUGGCAUUGAAAAGGAUGUGCUGCUCCAGGUGUGCGUUUGAUGCUUAAUCCUGUCGCUGCUUUAUGAGUUUGUCUGAACACUGAUGGUGACACAUCGGUCUGAUCAACGGCCAGGAAACAGGAGACGACCCGAUCAUUACCCACCCUCCACGUUUCUCCAUCUGUGUAUAUUUUCAUCCUCUGCUUCGUUUUGGCCGUCUGAUCUUUCUUGUGCUGAUCUCUCUCUGUCUUGUCUCAUUUUCCUAUCCAUCACUCGCUCUGUCUGUCAUCAUCUGUGGCUUUCUCACAAUGUAUCUUCUUACUAAGAGCUCAAGCUGCUAUGCGUUUAAUGAGAUUACUCAUCUGAGGUCUGAGCCUGUUGUUUGCACUUUCUUAGAGUUUAUGUGUGUGCUAUAAAGGAGGAUUACACUUUUAAGAGCUUUAUCUGUGCAGCACCUUUAUUAGCAUCAGAUUAAUGACUCCUAAUCUCUCUCGCUCUCUCUCUCUCGCUCUCUCUCUCUCUCUCUCUCCCUCUCUCUGUCUGUAUAUGAUGUUAUUUCAGUAUGGUAAAGGUCAUGUGUGACCUGCUCUUUCCAUGAGUCACAUUAAAACGGCUCACACAGGUCCUUGAUGUGUGUUUGUAUGUGCGGGUGUGUUUUCAACGCAGGUCACUCCGAUAUUAAUGAUCGUUGAUUAAAUAUGCAACAUUGGAGUGCAAAUAAUUACACAAACUUAACAUUUCAAUGUGCUUAAAGCUGAUGUAUUGACAUUUUUCCCUUCAGUGUACUUAAUUAUUUGUGUUUAAAGGGGACAUGGUAUGCCAAUUUUGUAAAGAUGUAAUAUAAGUCUCAGGUGUGUGCAGAAUGUGUCAGUGAAGUUUCAGGUCAACAUACCUCACAGAUCAUUUAUUAUUGCACGUCCACAAAGUGCUGUUUUAAUGUGUGUACCUUUAAAUGCAAAUGAGCUUUCAGCUCUAAUUAGAUCUGAUUUCUGUGAAUACAGUCUGGCACAAUAGUAUCUUUAGCCGCAUUAGUGCUAUAAAGUGCUAACAAACACAUUUAGAAAAGCUUUUGGGUAAAGUUCAUACUUGUCAACAUUGGGAUUUGAAAAUAAGGAAAAUUUCCCAACCCUAACAACCCCCCCCCA